CAGGGGGAGGAGGAGGGGCUGUUUUGGUCGCACGGAAAGCAGAAGUGCAAAGAUGAAGCUGACGGUAAUAGCUGCCUUGUGUCUAUCCCUUCUUUUGGUUCAUAUUAAUCUUUCGGUGGCCGUUAAAAAAGGAAAGUUUGGUGGGAUAACCAAUCUUUUUAAGAAGCCUCCCAAAACAAGUACUAAACUAGACUCUAAAUCCAAGGAUACAGUACUCAAAAAGUCCAAACAACCCACACAGUCCAACCAAGGAAGCUACCCUCAGCAACCAGGUGGGUACCCUAACCAAGGAGGCUACCCUCAACAGCCAGGCAGACCAGGAGGGUACCCUAACCAAGGAGGAUACCCUCAGCAACCAGGAGGUUACCCUAACCAAGGAGGCUACCCUCAACAGCCUGGAGGGUACCCUAACCAAGGAGACUACCCUCAACAGCCAAGCAGACCAGGAGGGUACCCUAACCAAGGAAGCUACCCUCAACAGCCUGGAGGGUACCCUAACCAAGGAGGCUACCCUCAACAGCCAAGCAGACCAGGAGGGUACCCUAACCAAGGAAGCUACCCUCAACAGCCAGGAGGGUACCCUCACCAAGGAAGCUACCCUCAACAUCCAGGAGGGUAUCCUAACCAAGGAGGAUACCCAAACCAAAGAGGACACCCUCAGCAGCCAGGAGGGUAUCCUAACCAAGGUGGAUACCCUCACCAAGGAGGCUACCCCCAACACCCAGGAUACCCAGCUGGUGGUUACCCAGCACAAGCCUACCCAUAUGGAGGAGGUUAUGGCAGUUAUCCUGGUGGAUACAUAAACUACAACCCAAACAACAAAAUCCUGAGUCCUCAGUAUGGUGGCAGCUUUGGUUAUGGGGGUUAUGGCGCUGGAGGUGGGUCUCCCUUCUCCCAAAAUGUAAAGUCGAUGGGCUUUGGGCCCUCUGAUAAAUCCAGAGGGUUUGGACGCACUGCAGUAAUGGCGGCAGCUGGAGGGGCUGUGGCAGGAAUGGCCCUGGGCUACGGAUUAGGGAGGUUCCCUCGGCCACAUUUCCACUUUCACAAUCCCCAGGAGGAAUAUUACUACAACUACUACAUGUACAGGAAAUAUGGUAUCAAAUCUACUGAUACUAAUGACUACAGCAGAGAUUAUAGAUAUGAUCCACCCCCUCAGACCUACGAUAGAUACAUGGACUCCUGCAUGAAGAGAACAGACCUUCUGCCUGCAGAGAGGCAAAAGCCAAACAACAAACCACCUGCCACCACAAGUCACACUACCCCAACUGCUUCUGUUAAUUCCAAUACUACUUCUGCACCAGUUACUGUAACUGGCAGCAACGCAACAACUAACAGCACUGCAACAAGUAACAGCACUGCAGCAGGCAACUCCUCAACCACUGCACCUUCAACUCGCCACCCUCUAAAUAAAUCUGAAGUCAAUCCUACAUCUCCACCUGCACGGGUUCUCAGAAACGCUGCUACUGAUGAUGACGAUGAUGAAACAGUCAGCAUUGUGGAGAUCGGCUACCCAGCACUGAUCAGACAGAUGAAGGCCAAAAGAUGUCUUGAACUUUACAUGGUCUACACUGAAAAGCAUUUGAAAAAAUUUCCGACACCCACACCACACUCCCCUUCUGCUGGAGUGAAGAAACUAGAGAUGGGCUUGCAGGGGCUUCUGUCUGUGGCAACUGGUACUACAGUAAUGCUACUGAAUAUCAACAUGCAAAUGCUGCUGCACUGAGGCAUUUAUUAGCACUGAAAGUGAUUGAGAAAUGUAGGUUUAAGGUGCCCAACAAAAAAAGUGUUAAAACAGAAUGGAAAUGUCAUUCAUUUGUCCACUAUCCUGGUUUAGACUGAAACUGUCUUGGUAAGUGGUAAAAUAUCUGCUGUUCAUAUAUCUGCAGGCCCCAAAGAAUGACAGCUUGACAUUUUUGAUUUUGAGUAACAUAUCUUGGUGAGUUUUGGGUAGAUUAUAAGGAUGAAUUGUAAAAUGUUUAAUCUAAUGCUACUAUCAGUCCAAUUAUCUUUUUCCAAUAGCUGGUUUUGUUUUCUCACCAAAUACCUGCAAAAUUAUUUACAUUCUUGUCAGCCUGAGCUGAACUUUGUGCUAAAUUUUGUGAACACUGUGAAAAUGCUAGCAUGCUAAAAUUAGCAUUUAACCAAAAGCCCCAUUGUGCCUCAGAGUCACAAAGAUAGCUAUACACUUGGACUCUUGCUUAUUUAUUGAAAAAAUCUGGCCAGUCUUAGUGUGUUAGGGGAUUUUUUUUGCACUCUGGCAAUCAUACGGACUGUGUUACUGUGUUGAUGUGUUUAAAUAUAUACAGUAGUGCCAUAAAGGAUAUGCGAUAUUAGUAUUUAUAUGUAGUGAUUAUAUGAACUUGUGUCGAGCUAAUGUUGAAGGACUGUCUGACUGAAGGACAGUUCUAAAAUGAAGAGUGAACUUUACACUGAAUGAUGAGAAUGCAGUAAAUAUUAAAAUAUUAACAUUGUGAGAACAACUGAGUAUUCAUAAUGGAUCACAUUUUAACCGUUGUCAUUGUAUACUAAACUGAAUCUUUAUGUAAUCAUCACAAGUUUAACUGAAAUACAGAAAAACUGUUCAAAAUCCUGUUUAAGGCUGAUUACGUUUUCUGUUGGGUAUUUCAUUUCAUUUGGAUAAAACGAUCUUCAUAAGCCAGAUACUGUUGUCCUUCAAUGUUGUAAUCAAUACAAUGUUGUGCACUGUC